UCUUUCAGCUUGCCCAACAAUAAGAUCAUCAUUGGACCAUUCGAUAUCUGAAUUGGUAAGAUUGGUCGAAGGCGUUUUGAUCGCAAAUAACGGCUGACGGGUGAUGGCUGUGUAUAUAAGAGCAAAUAUCCAUCCAGCAUAAUCUUCAUCAAUCAGUCGAAGUAUUGACUAGUAAUCAUGGAUCUCAGCCAGCUACCAGAUGAUUUCUUCGUCACUCUCUCGCAGUUCACGAAAACGACUUAUCGUGAUGUAUACCCCGUAGUCGAUCCUACUUCUCCAGCACUUUCUCAGCAGGGAAAAGUGGUUAUUAUUACUGGAACCAGUCAAGGAUUGGGUCGACAUGGAUUCGCCCAAGCGUUCGCGAAAGCUGGGGUAAAAGCUCUUGUGCUCGUAGCAAGAAACGCAGAUGGACUUGAAGCAGCAGCGCGGGAAGUGAAGGCUGUUAACCCGAAGAUACAAGUCCUAACGCAAGCGAUGGAUAUUCGGUCGGAAGAUGAAGUCAAGAAGCUGUUCUCUAGGAUCGAGUCGGAAUUUGGAAUGGCAGAUGUGCUUGUGAAUAAUGCGGCGUCUGGAAAGUCUGCUUUGCCAGUGCGGGAUGUUGAUCCGAAUGACUUUUGGUAUGAUUUUGAUGUAAAUGUCAAAGGAACACUUCUCAUGAGCCAAGGAUUCCUCAAACUUGUCGGGAAGGAAAAGCCGGCAACCAUCAUCAAUAUUUCCAGUGCGGGUGGAAUUGCCGUAAUUCCUUCGACCUCAAGCUACUCGCUCUCGAAGCUUGUGCAAAUCCAGAUCCAAAGAUUCAUUGCAGCAGAAAACCCAAAUAUCACCGCGAUCAGUAUGCAUCCCGGAACAGUGUUGACGCCUAUUACCAAGCCUCAAUUUGAGAAAUUCUCGAAAGACACUUAUGCAUUGGCUGGCGACUGAGCCGGCCAAGUUCAUGAACGGUAGAUAUAUGGGGGCGAAUUGGGCGGUCGACGAGUUGAUAGAGAGGAAGGACGAGAUAGUGUCGCAAGGCCUGU